ACGCCUUCCUAUCGUCGCAAUGGCAAGCUCUUCAGCUGCGAACCGUGCCGACGCGGAAAGCUGCGUUGUGAUCACAACAGCCCGGUCUGUGGACGAUGUGCUCGCCGUAAUAAGCCUGAUCAAUGCGUUUACCAUCCAGCGCCUUUAACGAAAGCGCUUCUCUCCUCCCUAGGACAGCCAUCAAUGGUGCCAUUGCCGCUGCAGCAGCGGAUGAUGUCAACAUCAAACUCCUUAUCAAAUUCCCGAGCAUCGUCGACAUAUGCUAGUAACGAAAGUGCAAUGUCUCAUAGAGAUACUCGGACAGGAUUCCUUGGCCCGACCAGCUUUUCUGCAGUAUAUACCGAGAAUCCAAGCAUACUUGAGCCCCCGGCAGUUGAUGAAUCUCACCAUCUGCCCGCGUUGUCGGCGGAGAAGAUUCAACAGGGCGCAGAAGUACUAUCGAUGCUUCGAGAUUUACCAAUCUAUCGGAAGUUCUGCGAGCGUUGGUUUGACGUCUCCGACGGUAUCAUGGUCAAACAGCCCAUCUUCCAAGUAUGGGCGGAUGAGCUGUGGGAUCAGUUCGGCCCGUUACUGACAGAAGGUCGACCUGAUCAACUUCGAGCGUUAUCCGAGCAGGUGUGGCGCAACACCAGGCGACCAAUGGAAGUAAACGGGAACAUGUCCGCCCGUGAUUGGGCUCGAUCUUCGUCUGGACAGAACCUACGAUGGGAAGUCGUUGGCUGCCUAAUGACACUGGUCGGCCUCAUCGCCUGCAGCCUCAGCAAUUGGGACGGUAUCUUUGAUCAAAUCCGUGAGCGAUACGUUGAUCGGGCGACAUUCUCCACCCGUAUGCGAAAGGCGUCAGAGUUUUGCCUCUGCUUCUGCUACGAGAGUGAAGUACUUAACGACAUCUAUCUGUGUUUCAUCUACGAAGAUUUGGUCUUGGUGGAAUUGGUCAAAGGCGACGCCCAUUAUGCAUCGUGGCAACGCCUGGGAGAGGUAUGCGAUGCCGUCGUGGCCAUGGGAUUGCAUCAAGGAAAUUAUCCUGACGCGAAAACACCUUUCUGGCUGGCGGAAAUGCGUAAAAAGAUAUUCACAUCUGCGUACGGACACGACAAAGUCCUAGCGACCUUUUUUGGGCGUCCACCACGAUUGUCUCAUCGCUAUUGCAAGAUGGAACCGCCACUCGAUCUCUCGGACGAGCAGUUGCUCAGCGAAGGAGAGGAGCUCCGGCUCGCCAUAGAGAACCUAGAUGCGGACGGCUGGAACACCUCCGGGCACCUCCACAGGAUUACCUGGGGCCGAGUCUUGUUCUACCACAACCGCCUCCGAGAAGAUAUUCUCGAGAUUGCGCUGGGUUCAGGAGAGGAGGACAUUGUCUCACAAGUGGACCGGGUGCGGGCCAAAAUAGACCGCACCAACGACCCAAUUCCCGACUUCAUGAAACAUGCAUUUCCCACAGGCUCGCAGGAGAAGGGCCCGCGACAGAUAGACGUCGUUAUCAUGCUGUGCUUUCAGACGGGAAUGGCGCAUACCGAGUUUCUCCUGCAAAGAGCGUUGGUCUGUCGACUCAAGACGGACUCAAAGCAGCUCAUACCCGUCUCACGUCGGAUGCUGCAAUUGACGCUCCUGGCCCAUUCAAAGCGUGAACUUUUCCGCGACUUCCAGGCCGACCUCAUUUACCUCCUCGCUCUCCACGGCCUCCCAGCAGCCGGCGUCCUCGCCGUCGAACUGCUCAAACAAGAACAAACAAAACAAUACACGCCAGCCCUCCUACCUCGCUCCGAAACAGUCCAAGACCUCAGCGUCUUCAUCUCUGCCCUCGCAGCUGUUGGGCCGGGUGAAGGCAACUUCUCGAUUUGCGACCAAGGUCGCCGGGCGUUGAAGAAAGUCCUCGAUCAGAUCCUGUCGCCU